AUGGCGGAAUUUGCCUACAACAAUGCAGUACACAGUUCAACAGGCAAAUCCCCAUUCAAGGCACUGUACGGUUGGGAACCUUCCUUGACCCUGAGUAACGUACCAACAGACGUCCCUGAGGCAGACAACUUGGCAACCCAGAUGGAAGCACAAUGGCGGGAAAUAAAGGCUGCGCUCCAGCAAUCAAAGAUAUGCAUGAUAGCCAGAGAAACAAGAGAACCACUUGAAUUUGAAAUAGGGGAAGAAGUCUGGCUAGACGCCAAGAACGUAAAACUAAAGACCCCAAGUCCCAAGCUAACCAAACAACGGCUAGGACCCUUCAAAGUAACCAAGAAAAUCUCCGACCGGGCAUACCGUCUGGAACUCCCGCCAACAAUGAGGAUCCACAAUGUCUUCUAUGUAGGACUACUGUCCAAAGUCAAAAGGGACAAAAAGCGUAACUUUGAAAACCAUCCUCCACCAGUCACCAUAGAUGGAGAGGAAGAAUAUGAGGUAGAAGGAAUCACGGACGCAGAAGAGAGGGAAGGGAAAUGGUUCUUCCAAGUCAAAUGGAAAGGAUACGGCUUGGAAGAAAAUACGUGGGAACCCCAAGAAAACCUAGAAAACGCGGGGAAAAUUUUAAAAAAGUACAAAGAAGACAUGAAAAAGAAGGCCCUUGGCGCUGCCAAGGCCCUUAGAGGGGGGCAGUGUUGUAGACACACUCAAUACCAGGGAAUUUAUUCCCAUUUUCUUGAUUUUAAACGAAGUCAAACAGACAACAUUUUCAAUCACGUGACUUCGGCGCUUAUAUCAUACGCUAAGCGCCAAGCCAUGUCCCCAACUGCGCUCACCUCAGCACACGUAGCCACCUCCACUUGA